AGUCACUGGCGAGUUGUGGGUGGUGACUAGUCGUCGAACGACUGGUCUUUAAAUUUUCUUAUAUUAAACAAAUAUUAUUUAAAUCGUCGGUCUAAUUUAAAUGUCAUCAGAGAAAAUGGAAUAUACAAUUCACCAAAAUUUGAAAAAAAAUGCAAAUUUUUUAUUGAAAAUAUUAUUUUAUUAAGGAUCUUUUUUUUUGAUAAGAAGAAAUAAUGAAAAGAAAUUUUGUUUCAAGAGAAUCACGAUUGUUUACAGUAGAGUGGAAUUGUCAACUGAAAAUUGAUGUAAGACAAGACAAGGAAAAUUAUUUUGUUUUUAAAUAUCGUUCAUUCGCCAAAAGGAAUGUUGAAGAAACGCGAACCUCAUUAGUCGCACAAUAACGUACGAUUCGAUCCGUGAAAGUGACCGCAUCACGGAAUAGUAACUUUCGAGAACGGAACCAAAAUUUUAGUCUGAAAUAAUUUUUAUUAUUAAAAUACAUAAGAAGAAAAUAUCAAAUGUCUUGGAAAUAUCAAUACCAAGGGAAGAGGAAAAAAUUUCGAUAUCAAAAUUCUAUGGACGUUUGAGAAUUUUUUUUUUCCCCCAAUUUGUGAAUAUGUAGUUUUUUGGAAAAAUUACACAAAAAAAAAAAAAAAAAAAAUUGUGAUUUUAAUGAUAAUAGUGUGAAAAGUGACGAUAAAGUUCGGCAAAAUAGAGUAUCCUGGUGGUAGUGGAAUGUACGGGGGUGGUACGGGAGGUACUGGCUAUGGUUUAGGUCCAAGCCCUGGUCCCUCUCACUAUGGGGUCCAACCGGCACCACCCAUGGGUUAUCAAUUGGGACCACCUCCCCCUCCACCGCCCGCAGGACCUUCUUCCGGAAGUCAACUUCUUUCCUAUGGACCCACUUUAUCACCCCAUCAAAUUCAACAAGUUCAAAAUGAUUCACGACCCAGGAAAAGACGGAGAUCCGAUGAGGACGAUCCAAGUGGAGCAAAAUAUCGUAGAAUGGAGGACGACAAUAUGCAGGACAAAGAGAGAUUUGCCAGUAGGGAGAAUCAUUGCGAAAUUGAACGGCGGCGGCGGAACAAGAUGACCGCCUACAUCACCGAGUUAUCGGAUAUGGUUCCAACAUGUUCAGCUUUAGCACGGAAGCCGGACAAAUUGACCAUUCUUCGGAUGGCCGUAGCCCAUAUGAAAAAUUUAAGGGGUACUGGAAAUACAAGUGCUGAUGGAACAUAUAAACCCUCAUUUUUGACUGAUCAAGAAUUAAAACACUUAAUUCUUGAAGCUGCCGAUGGAUUUCUCUUUGUUGUUAGUUGUGAUACUGGCAGAAUUAUAUAUGUUUCCGAUUCUGUCGCACCUGUUUUAAAUUAUUCCCAAAGCGAUUGGUAUGGAACCAGUCUGUAUUCUCAGGUACAUCCGGAUGAUACAGAAAAAGUUCGGGAACAACUCAGUACAGCGGAGCCACAACACGCUGGAAGAGUUCUUGAUCUUAAAACUGGAACCGUUAAAAAGGAGGGUCAUCAAUCCUCGGUGAGAUUAUGCAUGGGAUCAAGACGAGGUUUCAUUUGCCGUAUGAAAGUUGGUAAUUUACAAACUACUGGCGAUAUGGCUGCAGCGCACGGUCUUCAUCGUAUGAAACAAAGAAAUUCUCUUGGUCCACCAGCAAGAGAUGGACAAAGUUACGCUGUUGUUCAUUGUACGGGGUAUAUUAAAAAUUGGCCCCCCUCUGGUGAUUUUGUUACUCAAUGUGUACCAGGUGUGGGGUUAGGUGACAGGGGCGUUCAACCUGGACCUGAUGGUGUUGUCGGUGAUGAUAAUUCGACACAUUAUUGUCUUGUUGCCAUUGGAAGAUUACAAGUUACUAGUACACCGAAUACAAGUGACUUAGCUGGCUCCAAUAGUAAUAGUGAAUUCAUCUCGCGUCACACAGAGGAUGGAAAAUUUACCUUUGUCGAUCAGAGGGUUGGUGGAAUUUUAGGAUACACACCUUCUGAACUUUUGGGUCACCCCUGCUAUGAAUUCUUUCAUCCUGAUGAUCUUCCGCAUAUGCGUGGCAAUUUUGACGAAGUUAUAAAAAUGAAGGGACAAGUAUAUGCCUGGAAUUAUCGGUUUCGAGCUAAAAAUCGCGAUUGGGUGUUUUUAAGAACAUCGGCAUAUUCUUUUGUAAAUCCAUUCACCAAUGAAGUGGAAUAUAUUGUCUGUACAAAUCAAUUACUUAAACAUUUCCAUCCUGGAAGUGAAGGGCAACCGGAAACUGAAAGUGUAUCUUAUGGUCAGCCUGGAUUAGAUUAUUCUCUUCAAAGACAUCCAACUCGUGAUGCAAUUUAUCCUACACAACAUAUGAUGCAGCAUCCAGCAGCCGUAGCUACUGCAGAUUUAGUUACAGGUCCCCAACAAGCUAGACCAUCAAGCACUCAGAAUGUAUAUCAAGGAUACGAAACUACACAAUCGCCAAUUGCUUAUGGCUCUCCUGGUCAGCAGAGUGCAUCGUCUUCUGUUUUAAAUCGAAUUCAAAAGCCAACAAAUACUUCACCGACACCUGUUCAACAAUCCUGGGCUAUUGGUCGCCAGCAACCUGUAACGGAAGGUUAUCAAUAUAGUCAAUUAAGUCCCUCAAGAUCUCCGAGUGGUCCAACGUACACUCAAUUGAGCAGUGGUGCAAGAACUCCUGCAACACAAUAUCAUGCUGUUACAACUGUGCCUAAUAAUCCUGGAAUGUGGGGAUGGCAAGGACAACAGCAUCAAGCACAACAGCAGGAUAAUGGUCAAAAUUCCGCUCAAGUAACUGGACAAGCUCAACAGUCACACGCCACAGCUAAUGCACCAGGUCCUCAACCUCAAGAAUUAUCUGACAUGUUGCAAAUGCUCCAAGAUCAAGGUGGCGCUUCCGGUUUUGAAGAUCUAACAAUGUUCAAUGCCAGUUUUUAGUUUUCAACUAAUGCACUAUUCUGAUUCCUUCAAAUUUUUACUUCAGCGAUAAUUUUGCAAAUCACUUCUUAUAAUAUUAGUUAGUGAAUCACCAGUUUUACGCUGCAGCCCAAGUAAAAAAAAAAAAAGCAAAUGCACAAUUUUCUUUUUUGUUUUCAAAUAUUUACAAAUCGAAUUUUUUAUACGUAUCGCAUAAAAAAGUAUAAAAAUAAUGUCUUGUAGUAAAUAUUGUCUGCUCGUAAACGAACGGGUGUGUGGAAAUUUUUUGUAAAAGUGCCAUUAAUAGUAUGGACUGGAAAAUAUCGCUUAAGAUUUUGAUGAAUUCAAAACGAUUUUGAAAAGUAGUCAUUAUUAUUUUUUGUUUUUUAAGCAAACAUGGAUGAUCGGAGCCUUUAAAUAUUGUUAUAUUUAUAGAGAUAAGUCGGUAGCCACUUUUAAUGCUGCAUAGGCACCAUCUGUGAAUGACUAUUAUAUAUUAUAAAUAUAUAUAUAAUUCCUAUUACAUUCGUAAAUUACAAGUAGUUAAACAUUAGUAAGUAAUUUUGAAAUUUUGCGCGACAUUUUAUUGCCUAAAAAAAUUUUGUCACGCAAAAUUUUUUUUUUAAAUAACACAUUGUUAUUUUAAUUAGUUGUAUUAUUGAACUGCAAAAGAAAAAUGAUAAUCGAAAAUUAAUUCAUUCACAUAAUUUUUUUUUUUUUUUAAUAAGAUUAACGAAUGUGUGUAAUUAAAUUUUUGGACAUAGAAAAAUAUGAAUGAAUUUCGUAUUAGUUGAUAUUUAUUAUAAUAGUUUUUAUUAUUCAUCUGCGCUUAUUAUAUAAGUGAAAGCAUAAAAAUUAUAAAUUUGAGUCUUAA